AUGGGCUUCGUGGCUAUCUGCACCGCAGUCUACGACUACCAUCCACAAAGCGCAGGCGAGCUGGAGAUCCGGGAAGGCGAACUCUUGUACAUUCUGGAAAAGAGCACUGAAGAUGACUGGUGGAGGGCGAAGAAGAAGGCCGUCGGAGACGAUGAGGAUGAGCCUGAAGGCUUGAUCCCAAACAAUUAUGUCGAAGACGCGAAGCCUGUCCACACUGCCAAAGCGCUGUAUGACUAUACUCGACAAACCGACGAAGAGGUCUCCUUCACCGAAGAUGCUGUGCUGGCAGUAUACGAUAUCUCCGACCCCGACUGGACUCUGGUCGGCGUGGGUGACGAUUUCGGCUUUGCGCCCUCCAAUUACAUCGAGCUCACAAGUGCAGCUCUUCAGUCUCCUUCAAUACACUCUAAUCGCCAGUCGCUCCCGCCAGUAGCGGAAGGCGAUGUCUCUGCCGCUCCGGCUUCUCCGACCAGGUCGACACAGAACCCUGCGGCUAACCUGGCUCGAGUCCUUGAAGGAGGCGCUCUUUCCUCGCCGAGGUCGGCCCACACGGUUACGUCUCUGCCUCCGGUCGUACCUCGUCAACAGCUUACCCCAGAUGCAUCCGACGGCGAGGAGCCCGCGCCGGCAUUGCCACAAAGGCCUCCAUCGCAGCCGGCGCCACCCUCGUCGCGCCGGGACGACGGAUCUCGGGGCGUUCUUCCCUCCCCUCCUUACAAUCGAGCAAUACCGCGUCAGAACGAUGACGAUGCGCCGAUCCGAUCGCCCGGCGGAUUCCACCUGUAUAAUGUCAAUGAAAUGGUUUCGGCAAUGGGCCGACGUCGGAAGAUGCCAACGACUCUGGGCAUCAAUAUCGCCACCGGCACCAUCAUGCUUUCCCCGGAGAAGUCAAGAGACGGGCCUUCCCAGGAAUGGACUGCAGACAAGAUGACCCAUUACUCGAUCGAGGGCAAGCAUGUUUUCAUGGAGCUGGUUCGACCAAGCAAGAGCCUCGACCUCCAUGCGGGGGCCAAGGACACGGCAGAAGAAAUCGUGGCCGCUCUUGGAGAGAUUGCGGGAGCUCAUCGAGCAGAGGGCAUUCGCGAAGUCAUCCAAGCAGCUGCUGGUGGUGCAACUCAUAAGAAGGGGCAAGUCCUUUAUGAUUUCAUGGCCCAAGGUGACGACGAGGUCACCGUCGGCGUAGGCGAUGAAGUGAUUGUUUUGGAUGAUACAAAGUCGGAAGAAUGGUGGAACGUGAGACGCUUGAAGAAUGGCAAAGAAGGCGUCGUGCCUAGCAGCUACAUUGAGGUUACGGGCUUCGUCACUGCCGAGCCUCCUUCGCGGUCGGGAAUAAAUGCUGGUCUCUCAACAGUCGAACAGAACCGGCUUGAAGAAGAGAGGCUUGCCAGAGAGGCAGCCCGGACCGAAAAAGCCCGCCAGGAAGCAGAACAUGCACGAUCCCGUAGCGAUCUCGGCCAUGGAAUGCUCCCUCAACGUGGUAGCAGUCUUGCCGACGACCAGUCGCACCGAAAGGACCGGAAAGACAAGGACGACCGGAAAAAGGGCCGCUCAAGGCCUGAUCCUACGAAAGUCAGGACAUGGACUGACCAUUCUGCCACUUUCAAAGUAGAAGCCCAGUUUUUGGGAGUGGCAGAUGGCAAGAUUCAUCUCCACAAGGUCAAUGGCGUCAAAAUUGCGGUUCCCAUAACGAAAAUGUCGCCAGAAGACCUUGAGUAUGUUGAGAAGGUAACCAACGAGCCGAUCGAAGAAAACAUUCCCGUAGCUGAUUUGAUCAAGAUGAAACGUCGAAGUCAAUUGUCUGAACAAACGAAGUCACGAAGCGGAGCCACCAUUGAACCGCGCGCCCCGGAACAACCCUCGGUUUCUGAUUACGACUGGUUCGAUUUCUUCCUCAAAGCCGGUGUCGGUCCACAGUUGUGCGAGAGAUACUCACAGGCGAUGGUACGGGACUCGAUGGAUGAGACUGUCCAACCCGACAUUACACCAGAUACUUUGAGAACACUCGGACUGAAAGAAGGUGAUGUCCUCAAAGUCAUGAAAUACUUGGAUCAUAAAUUCGGGCGAACACACGGUGCGCUGGCCAAUGGUACUAAUGGCGAGGCGGCAGGCGGAAUAUUUUCAGGACCCGGUGGCACAUUGCACAAUAACACUCGCAGGGGCAGGCCUGAAACUAAUCGGCAGACGAACGACGUGGUUGAUCCAGAUGCCUUCGCCAAAGCCGAAGCUGACAAUAAGCCAAGUGCAGAGGCCAAAGCUACCAUUCUUACCCAGGCACCCCAAAGGGAAUCAAAGAACGGAUUUGACGAUGAUGCGUGGACUGUCAAAACACCAAGUCAACCUCGUGCAGUCUCACAACCUCCUGCUGCUCCUCCCGCGCCAAACCCUCCGACAGGGGCGAUGAAAGAUUUGUCCUUGCUGGAUGCUCCUCUACAGCCCACACCAGCUCAACCUCCUGCGCCACCAGUUACACAACAGCCAACGUUUCAAACACAACCUGAACCUCAGCCGCACACGUCUUCGGCAGCGGCGGUGCCUCCGGUCCAACAGCCACAGCAAACAGGCGCAACUCCCCAAUUCUUUUCGCAAGUCAAUCAGAUUCCGGGAUCGGUACAGGCCCAACCGACCGGGCUGCAAAGCCAACAAUUCAACCCCCCUCGUCAACGCCCGGUGGCGCCACAGCAGAACUAUGCGGGCACUGGUUUGCUACCUCCUCCACGACCGACAUCAGCUCCGCAGAACCCGCAACAGAGCCAGUUCGGUCUUCACCCUUUGCAACCCCAAUUGACAGGGAUUCCCCACACCUCCGCGCUACAGGCGCCGUCUGGCCAGAGUUUGAAUGAUCUGACACAGCAACGACUGCAGCAGCAAUACCAAUCGAUGCAAUUGCAGGCCCAGCCAACGGGCAAUCUUCAGCUGAACCAGUCCUUUGGGCAGUUCGGCCUUGCUCCCCAACCCACCGGUUUCCAACACCCACAACAAUUUGGACAGCUUCAGCAGCCCUAUCUCAAUGGCAAUGCAGCUGGAAGCCCAUUUGCCGAUCCUCGACCCUCUUUCCAGUCUCAGCCCACUGGAAUGCCAUUCACGCAAAGCCCGCCACCGGGAGGCAUCAACUCUGUCCUCCCACCAGCUCUCCAACCACAGCGCACGGGGUUUGCAUCUCCUUUCCAACAGCCGCAACCCAACGGAUUCGGCCAAACGAUCCAGCCUCAACCAUCGGGCUUCCCUCAACCAGUCCCUCUCCAACUACAGCCUACAGGCUAUCAACCACAACCCCAACCCCAACCCCAACCCCAACAACUCCCGCCUCAAGCCACUGGCUUUGGAUCGAUGCCACAACAAAACGGCCUCCCAAAUUUCCAGCCGCCGCCUGUCCCAUCUAUCACCCAACUCCCCCCUAUUGCGCCUCUGCAGCCACAGAAGACUGGACCUGCCCCUCCUGUUAAAUUCGGUUUCACAGAACCAAAGAGACUGACUCCUCAGCCGACGGGCCGGAGAGCAAAUCUUUCUAAUGCUAGUGAGUAA